AUGGAUGUAGGCCGUCGCUCAGCACCGAUCGGCGAGUACGUCACGUUCGCGUUCCUCCGAAGAGGCGCGGCCAACUGCGAAGAGGUGCACAGCUACGUGGCCUACCUGCCCAUAGUGGGCUACAUAAUCCUCAGGAACGUGCAGGUGGUUAAAGAGAUCCUAGCUGAAGGUUUUCUGAGGAAGCUGGGGCAACCAACAAAGGUUGAU